AUGGCUGGGACACCUUCUUCUAAGGCCGGUCGAGCUGGGUCGGACCCACCUCCUCCCAAGGUCGCCGCGCCUGGCACCUACACUCUGUCUGAUGUAGUCCCGGGAGUGAAGAUCUUCGUCGCGAAGCCCCUGGGCAACGGGCAAGAGGAGCACCGAAAAGCUGAGAUUCUAUCCACAAGACCGAAACCUGUCUCGGCCUUUGCCCCGAAGCCCGGACCUAAUGACCCGAAGCCGGAUCCCCGCGAUGAUGUCGAGUACUACGUACACUAUGUCGAGUUCAACAAGCGUCUCGACGAAUGGGUUGGUGGAAGCCGCCUGCUCACCGACAAGGAACUCGAGUGGCCGCAGCCCAAGGAGGAGUCAAACAAGAAGAAGACCGGAAAGGCAACCCCGAAGGCGUCCGGCGCUGCUUCCCCGUCGCGACCGUCGAAGGGUGGAGCGCCCAAGAGUCUCCUGAAGAAGGCCGCGACGAAAGCUGCCUCUCAAGUCGGCAAGGUCCCUAGCAAGGGCAAGGCUAGCAAGAGCAAGGCUGGCAAGGGCUCCGGAGCCACGACCGGAGACGAGACGGAUGAUACGGACGAUGCGGACGGCGAGGACGACACGGACGCGGAGGGCGACGUCUCCAUGUCGUCGGCCGACGGCGACAACGAGGUCGAGGACAUGAAGCCGAGCGACCCUCGUGCUGGACCGGCGGUGUUCAGCAAGAAGGACGAAAUCGAGAAGUUGCGAACAUCGGGUUCAAUGACGCAGAGUCACAGCGAGAUUUCUCGUGUCAAGAACCUGAACAAGCUGCAGAUCGGCAAGUCGGAGGUCGAGUCGUGGUACUUCUCACCGUACCCGGCCGAGUACGCGUACCUGCCGAAGCUGUACAUCUGCGAGUUCUGUCUGCUGUACUACCCGAGCCUGACGCAGCUUACGCGACACCGAACAAAGUGCACGCUGCAGCACCCUCCGGGCAACGAGAUUUACCGUAAGGACAACAUCUCGUUCUUCGAGAUUGACGGACGGCGGCAGCGGACCUGGUGCCGGAACCUGUGUUUGCUGAGCAAGUGCUUCCUGGACCACAAGACGCUCUACUACGACGUGGACCCGUUCAUGUACUAUUGCAUGACGGUCAAGGACGAGUACGGCGACCAUCUGAUCGGCUACUUUUCGAAGGAGAAGGAGAGUGCGGAAGGAUACAACGUAGCGUGUAUCCUGACGUUGCCCCAGCACCAGCGUAAGGGUUACGGUAAAGUUCUCAUCGAGUUCUCCUACGAGCUGUCCAAGGUCGAGGGCAAGCUCGGCUCACCCGAGAAGCCGCUGUCCGACCUGGGUCUCCUCUCCUAUCGCGCGUACUGGCAGGAGAAGAUUGUCGACCUCCUCACCGAAUCAGAAGACGAGAUCUCUCUCGAUGAGAUCGCCCAGCGCACGUCCAUCACGCACGGAGACAUCAUGCACACGUGCCAAGCCCUGCAGAUGAUCAAGUACUAUAAGGGUCAACACAUCAUCCACCUUACGGACGCCGUGCUCGAGCAGCACCAGAAGACGAAGGCCAAGACGCGUAAUGCAAUCGAUCCGACAUGCCUCAAAUGGAAGCCGCCCGUGUUCACGCGCUCGCAGCUGUCCUUCGGUUUCUAA